CCCUGAUAUGGCUGCUGACCUGCAGAGCGCUCGCGAGCGGGCGACUCGCACCAUCGAGGAUUGACCGAGGACGCUCAAUCCUGAAGGGGGAUAGUUGUAGUGCCAAGUCUGGGGCUUACAACGUGGGACGUCUGAGUCCGUGGCACUCCUGGAGAUGGAGUCCGCGCCGCGCUGGCGACCGCCCAGGCCAUUGCCAGGAGUUGGUGUCAAUGGUGCAGCACCGGAGAGUGGCACGUUUUCGUGCGGCCAUGCUGGGUGCUGGGUCCCGCCACCGGCCCUGGCGCUGCUUGCUGGUCUGGCGCUUGGCUGCGUGGUCGCGCGGUUCCCUCUCUGCGCGGCUGCCGGUGGGAGGCCCCUCGCCGGCGCUGCGUGGACUUCCAAAGACGGCCGCGCCGGGGCUCCGGAGGGCCUCGGAGGUGUCGACUGCUGCCAGCGCUCCAGUAGAGAGGUCGGCCAGGUUCAAGCCAAGGUCUAUUGUCAGGGGGCUGAUCCAGUCAGCUCGCAGCGGGAGGUCGCUCCCCGCCUGCGCCGCUUGGAGGUGGAGGAGGCGGCGCGUAAUUACGCCUAGCCUGCCGUUAUCGUUCAGCGAAAUCAUGAGCAGUCUGGAGGCGCGUUGUACAUACUCUUCGCGGAGCGAGCCUAUUCCUAGGCCCCCCAUCUCGGCAGGCAGAAGGAUGGCGCGGGUGGCGCAGUCGCGUGGUAGGCCGACGCACCGACGGGUGAUACCCGCGAUUUGGGCGUCCAGUGCCCGGAUAUCGUGUUGCGUGUAUGCCAUGGCUGGGAGGGAGUAAGCCACUUUUGCUUUGAGGCAUUGUUUGAUGAGCAUGUAGCACUGGCGAGGGAGUUUUUUGUACUUGCUCAGCUCUUCGCCGGCGUCAGUUAGGUCGGUUUUAACCGCCUUAAGUUGAGGGCGCCAGUCCAUCGUCAUGGUGAUUUCAACGCCGAGAUAGCGGUAUGAUUUAUGUGGGGACACGUACGGCAAGGCUAUCUUGGUGAGUUUUCCAUCCUUGACGUUAGAGCCAAUGUGGAUUUGGCCAUCCAGGAAGCGUUUGAGGGUGCGUUCGCAGGCGGGGCCUUUCAUGCUUUUGUCUGAACUGUUGGCACUUGCGAAGCUGUGGAGGAUGCCUGUGCAGGCGCUCUUGUCGCGGUUGAUGCGCAUACCUCCCCAGGCGGCGUAUCGCGCAAUCUUGUCAGUUUGGCACCGGAGGUUAUCACGGGAGUUGGCUGCUAGCGCCAGGUCAUCCGCGUAGCCUAGUGAUGAACAGUUGUGUUGGUCAUUCUCACUGUUUGUGAGGCAGCCGUAUCGGUAGCCGCGGCCGCCGUAGUGGAGCCACCUCAGGAGUGGCUCGAGAAAGAUGAUAAAUAACAGUGGUGAGAGGGUAUCUCCUUGCAUGGUGCCGCGCCUUAUCUGGACGGGGGAUGUGCGGCCGUGGGCUGUGCGGAUGGUGGUGUUUGCGGUAGAGUACAGAUUGCGCACGACUUCUAUGAAGUCGGUUGGGAGGCCGAGGUGGUGCAUUACAGUGAGCAAGCGGUCGUGGUCUAUGGUGCCGAAGGCGUUUGAGAAGUCGAUGUACGCGACGUAUAGGUCGCGCUUUGUGAGGGCUGCGUCCUCAAUCACAUGCAGUAGGUUCAUGAUUUGGCGCUCCGUUCCUUUGUACUUUUGAAAGCCUUCUUGGGCUUCGCUGUGGACGAGGAGCUCAGUGCAUGCUUCGGUGGCUGCCCGAGUGACUAAACUGGUGUAGAGCUUGUAGAGCGUGUUGCACAGUGCAAUGGGUCUGUAAUUGGAGAUGGACAGCGGGUCUGCCUUCUUGUACAAGAGAAUGGUGUCGCUGGUGGACCAGCCGUCUGGUAGUUCGGCUUUAAUCCAUGCGACACAUAGGAGAGUAUGGACGGCGGCUUGUAACGCAUCUGGCAUGCAUUUGAGUAGCUCGUUUGGGAGGCCGUCAGGGCCAGGACUCUUGUUGCGGGAGAGGGAUUGCAUGCACCGUUGGAAGUUGCUCGCGUCAGAGACGUUAGGCAGCAGGGAAUGGGUGUCCGGGUGUUGUGCGCGGGCCAGCAGGAAGCCGCCGUCGGGUGCUCCUGGUUCGUUCCAGGGGAAGGUGGUGGUGGUGUCUUCUGGUCGGUAGCGUCCAGUGCGUGGGCCACCAGUGGGUUCAGCGGCAGCUUGGAAAUGAGUGUGUAGCGCAUCGUUGAUGUCGGUGCUGGUGGUGGCGAUGUGUUGGGUAGUAGGGUGGCGUACAGCUGUCAGUUGUUCGAGCAUUAUUUUGGAGGCUUUGCCUUGAGAGGUUGCGAAUAGCUUUCUAAUCCGUGUUAACCAUUUGCUGGCGGCCUUGGCAUUGGCUUCUUUCUGAGUAGUGCGGCGUGUCUUGAGGGCAGUUUCCCAGUCCCGUUUGGCGGCGGCCGCGGGUGUGGGGUUCGUAGGGGCCACGGGUGGUACGGGUGCUGGCGCUGUGGGGGGCGGAGUGGGAGGCUCCUGUGGUUGCGCUGGGGAGGCGUGCACGAGAGCUAGGUAGAGUUGCUUUUUCUGUUUUUCGGUGGCUAGCAGCCGCUUUAGCUUCUUGGCCUCCGCCCGGGACGGUUUUGCUCUGGAGGUUCGGGGCGGUUUUUGGGGACACGUGUCGAGCAUGAUUUUGGCUCCGACGGCUAGUGCUCCAUAAAGGGCGGUGGAUGCGGCGUUGAGGUCAAGCGUGGAGAGUUGUGCGCGUGCGUCGGUGACAAUGUUGUGGGCGGUGCGUGUAUUUGCUACGUGAUGUGUGUUGGAUGAAAGUGCGGUUACUGUGGAGUCGAUGAUUUGUCGUGCGCUGCGACCGGGUAUGGUGAGCGCGGCAUACAGGGUUUCAAGGGCAGUGGUUCCGUCUGCUUCCCAUCGCUGUGUGAUGGUGCGACUCUGGGUUUGAGUGAUAGGCUUGACGAUGUUUGCUAGUGUAGGGCCGGUGCUUGUGUCUGCGCUCGGGAUAUCUGGUUCCGCGGGUGCAGUGGUGGUUCCCGUGGGUUUGUAGGGAAGGUUAGCCUUUAAGUGUAGGCCCAGGUGAUCGGUGGUGCCCCCGCAUGCUGAGGUCCAUUCCGUAGCCGCAGGGCAGCCCUGGGCGUGGUUGUUUGCUAGGAAGUCGUCGAUGCGGCUUUGAUGUGUAAUUGUGUCGUGUUGUAUCUGCGUGUACGUAUGUGGCCUAGGGCGUGUGCGCGCGGCGGGUGAUAAGCCCGUCUGCUUCAGGAAGUUUUGAUGUGUUGUGUCGUUGGUAGUACUGGUGUUGGUGCUUCUGUCCGUGUCGUAAGCAGCAGCGUUCCAGUCCCCGCCGGCUAGGAGGGGUUCUUUCAGACGGGCUGCACUUCGUGAGGCUCGAGUGAUGUAGGUGUACAAUGCUUCGCGGGUGCGCUUGUCAUCGGGUGGGCAGUAGACUCCGAUGAUGUGGAUAGGCGUCGAAGAGGAAGGGGCCAUGCGCAGGUGGACCAUGUAGCCCUGGAGUGUUGCCGGCGUGGGGAGGCAGGUGAUAUGUUCUUUGCGGGCGUAUCUGGUGU